UGAGAUAGAAACUGAGAGACCAAAACCGCCCAAAAGCGCAGAGAAAGAAUGUGUUGAGAGAGAGACUCAGAGAGGGUUGAAGAAUAAGCGCAAAAGCAGAGCCUAAAAAGAGAGAGAACGAAGCUGAGAAGAUAGAAAAAGGCAGAGAGAGAGAGAGAGAUUCUUGAGUCUUGACCCUCCCCCCCUAUCUAUUCAGUUCAAUUGACGGCACAGACAAAGAGUUCUUGGAGAGAGAGAGAGUCAGAGAUUAGACCCGAGUGAGGGAGAGAGGGAGAGAAAGAUUCAUAAAUCUGCAGGUCUUAUCAACUUCAAACCCAUACGGCCAUACUUUUUCCUAUCCCUGGAGAUUAUCAACUGAGCCUUCUUCAAUUACUUGAAAAGAGAGUUUUACAGAAACAGGGAGAGACAUUGGAUGUGUAUAUAUAUAUAUAGCGGGAGAGAAGGAUUGAGCCAUUGAGGGCCAUGAAUCUUCUGGAUACGCAGUUAUCAAUUUCAAGUGGGUAAUUUCUGAGAGUGAGUCGCAAAAAGCCGAAAUGGGUACCCCACCAGCGGAGGAGUUGCUAAGGAAGAUCCAGGAGCUGGAAGCUGGUCAAGCCCACCUUAAGCAAGAGAUGUCCAAGCUCAUGAUCUCCGGUGAUGCCAAAUCCGAACAACAGCCCCACCAUCAUCCCCACCAGAGGUCCCACUCGGUAUCCCCUCAGCGCUCUGCCCUGGCCGCCGCUGCGCCGCCUCGGAUGAGAGGCAGUUUGGAAGGCGGAGCAACUUCAUGGAAGAAGGGUUCGGCUUCGUUUCGGCAUUCGUCGCCGCUGCAGAGGGAGAGUCGGAGCCGCGAGCCUGUGAAUGCUGGAGGGCCCUCGGCAGUAAAUUUCACAAAUAGACAGUAUUUGAAUAUCUUGCAGUCUAUGGGGCAGUCUGUGCAUAUAUUUGAUCUUAAUGGACGUAUAAUUUACUGGAACCGAACUGCUGAGAACCUGUACGGCUAUUCUGCAGCAGAAGCUCUAGGCCAGGAUGCCGUUGAGCUUCUGAUAGAACCCCAGAACUUUUCUAUAGCAAAUAAUGUUGUGCAUCGUGUCAGCAUGGGAGAGAGCUGGACUGGGCAGAUUCCUGUCAAGAAUAAGAUGGGGGAUAGGUUUUCAGCUGUUUCGACCGAUACUCCAUUCUAUGAUGAUGAUGGGACUUUAGUUGGGAUUAUUUGUGUAUCGAGUGAUUCACGGUCCUUUCAAGAAAUGAGGGUUGAACGAUCAGGUGUAAAGAACUCAGAACCAGAUUCAAGUUUUAGUCGGCCCAGAAGUGGCCUCACAAUCACAAAUAAACUCGGUCUUGAUCCUCAGCAGCCUCUGCAAGUUGCAAUUACAUCCAAAAUUUCUAAUUUGGCAUCCAAGGUGAGCAACAAAGUUAAGUCAAGAAUUCGGACAGGAGAGAAUAGCACAGAGCGUGAAGGUGGAAGUGGAGAUAGUCACCAUUCUGAUCACGGUUCCUCAGAUGCCAUUUUCGCUGACCAUAGGGAGGAUGCAACUUCAAGUGGAGCUAGCACACCCAGGGGAGAUAUAGCUCCAUCUUCUUUUGGUGCAUUUUUUCACGGAGAGGAGAAGUACCCUGGAAAACUCUCUAGAGAUUCAGGUGAUGAGAGUGAAGGAAAGCCUGCAAUUCACAAGAUCAUAUCUUCUAAGGCAGAAGCAUGGAUUGGUAAGAAAGGGAUAUCAUGGCCAUGGAAAGUGAAUGAGCGAGAAGGUUCAGAGGCAAGGACUGGGCGUUUUGUUUGGCCCUGGUUGCAAGAUGAUCAAGAGAAUGAACCGGUUCAUGGCAAGAAGAAUCCCCCUUCUGGGACAAAACACGAGAUCCAGGUGAGUGAAAGUAAUCGGCCUGGCAACAAUGAGGCACCAGGGUCUUGGUCCUCGUUUAAUGUAAAUAGCACCAGCAGUGCCAGCAGCUGCGGAAGUACCAGCAGUAGUGCAAUCAAUAAGGUGGACAUGGAUAUUGAUUGCUUGGAUUAUGAAAUCUUGUGGGAGGACUUGACAAUUGGAGAACAAAUUGGUCAAGGUUCUUGUGGAACUGUAUAUCAUGGUCUUUGGUAUGGAUCAGAUGUUGCCAUAAAGGUAUUCGCCAAGCAAGAAUAUUCAGAUGAUGUACUACUUUCUUUCAGACAAGAGGUAUCUCUUAUGAAAAGACUUCGACAUCCAAAUAUUUUGCUCUUUAUGGGAGCUGUAACUUCUUAUGAACAUCUCUGCAUUGUUACAGAGUUCUUUCCACGUGGAAGUUUGUUUCGCUUACUACAGAGGAGCACAACAAAACUAGAUUGGAGGCGCCGUGUACAUAUGGCUUUGGAUAUAGCCCGGGGUAUGAAUUAUCUUCAUCAUUGCAACCCACCAAUCAUCCAUCGAGAUUUGAAGUCAUCAAACCUUCUAGUUGAUAGGAACUGGACUGUAAAGGUUGGUGAUUUUGGUCUUUCACGUCUCAAGCACGAAACAUAUCUCACAGCUACAACUGGGAAGGGAACGCCUCAAUGGAUGGCACCAGAAGUUCUCCGUAAUGAACCUUCAGAUGAAAAGUCUGAUGUAUAUAGCUAUGGGGUGAUAUUGUGGGAACUUGCCACUGAGAAGAUCCCUUGGGACAAUCUCAACUCAAUGCAGGUGAUUGGAGCUGUAGGGUUCAUGAAUCAACGGCUAGAAAUUCCUAAGGAUGCUGAUCCACAGUGGGUUUCCAUUAUUGAAAGCUGCUGGCACAGAGAUCCAGCAUGCCGACCAACAUUCCAGGAAUUGUUGCAAAGGCUCAGAGAGUUACAGAGACAGUAUGCCCUUCAAUUUCAGGCAGCCCGUUCUGCAGCUGGAGAUAACGCCCAGAAGGAAUUGUAGUUUCAACUCAUUUGUGCUCUGGAUUUCACUUACAAUACUGGCAUUGGUGGCAUUAUUUUCAAAAAGAUUUGAUCCAAUACUGAUCGACAAGCAUUGGACAACAAAUUGCCAAAAUUGGCUUGUGAUAUUGGAGACAUGAAGUUGAACAUUGGAAAAUCCUUGGUCAACAUUUUGGCCAAAUGAAGAGGAGAAAAAGUGGCUGUCACCCCCACGUGAGCUACCUAAUUUUGGUGGUGAUAUGGGGUUUUGUUGAGUGAUGAUUGUUUAUUCAAUUGACAUCACAACAAAAUCUUCAUAAUGGUGAUGUGUGGUGGGAGAAACCAUGCUCUGGUUGGUAUCAUAUAAAUCCCAAGUUAGUGAUUUUAUACGGAGAAUCCAAGUUGGGGCUCUUAAACAGAAGCUGUACAAAAGAAAAUCACAGUUUUACAUUCUAGUAGUUACUAGACUUGUCUUGUUCUCUUAAUUCUUGGGAUUUGCACAUAAUUGCAACGGUAAUGAUGUGGAAUUUUUCUUUCUUUUUAUUAGCAUUUUGUGUUCGGGCUAAAGUCCGACUAAUCCA